AUGGCCGUCACUAAUCUCGUGCUGACGCUCAGCAUCCCGCUGCUGACAGUCAUAGGAUACGGUUUAUACUGCGGCUUUCAACACCGUCGCAAAAUCAACGAGUUGCGGAAACGAGGCAUUCCCAUGCCCAAGGAUUGGAGCUGGCUCACAGGCCAUCUCCUCAGCCUGAAGAAAUAUACUGAUCGCCUACCAGCCGAUGCGCAUGUUCUCUUGCCGACUCAUGAACUGGCCGUGGAGUUUGCCGAUACUGAAAUGUUCCUGAUGGAUACCUGGCCGGUGUUUCCUGCACUUGUUAUGGUCUAUGACCCGGAUGCCGCACUGCAGAUCUCGACCAAGUACAAUCUGCCCAAGUCUGCUAUUUUUCCCAGUCUGAUGCAUCCAAUCACCGGCGGGCCGAGUAUGAUAUCGAUGAACGAUGCCGAGUGGAAGAAAUGGCGUUCGAUUUUUAAUCCUGGCUUCAGUGCUGGGAACAUGGUUGACCAAGUGUCGACUGUCGUUGACUCGGUUCAGGUCUUUUGUGAUAUUCUACGUGAGAAGGCCGGGACAGGGUUGGUCCAUCUGGACGACCUGACGACCCGACUGACGAUGGAGGUCAUACUCAAGGUGACCCUUGAUAUGGACUCGAACUAUCAACGCUCUGAUAACGAAAUGGUGCACGCGCUAAAUACUAUCACGAAAUGGCACUCAUUCUGGGACCCGCGCGUCCGUGCAAAUCCGCUGCGGCCCCUGGUUCAAAAAUACUACGGCCGUGUCAUGGAUAGGUGCAUCCGGAAAGAACUCGACAAGAGGUUUGCAGAGAUGCAACAAGGCCAGCGCUCGGCCUCGACCUCCAAACGCGUUAAAUCGGUUAUCGCCCUCGCUCUCGAGGCAUACCUGGCUGAUUACCACCAAAAAGACGGCAAAGCCAGCAAGCUAGACGACAAUUUCGCACAAUACGCAACCCACCAGAUCCGCCUCUUUCUGUUUGCCGGCAAUGACACCACAUCCAGUAGUAUUGUCUACGUGUAUCAUAUGCUCUCAAAACACCCCAAAGCUUUAGCUCGGGUGCGACAAGAGCACGAUCGUAUCUUUGGCACACUGCCGUCCGCCGCACCACAACUUUUGAAGUCGAACCCAGCCCUCCUAAAUCAGUGCCCUUACACUCUAGCUGUCAUCAAAGAAACCCUGCGUCUGUUCCCCCCGGCCUCAACUACACGUGAGGGGCGCGACGGAGUCACCCUCACCGACCGCCUUGGAAAUAGCUAUCCACUAGGCCAUACCAUUGGCGCAGAAAUAAUCCAUCCGACCAUCCAUAAGAAUCCCAGGCUCUGGCCACAAGCCGAAGAAUUCAUCCCGGAGCGCUGGCUUGUAGAUCCCGGGCACGAACUCUAUCCGAGUCCGGCUGCAUGGCGCCCGUUUGAGCACGGGCCGCGAAACUGUAUCGGGCAAACCCUAGUCUAUAACGAGAUGCGGAUAGUCAUAGUGAUGACUGCGAGGACGUUCAAUAUCAGGCCCGCGUAUGACGAGUGGGAUGCAAUGCAUGCAGCAAAAGAAGGGCUUUUGACUGUGCAUGGCGAGAGAGCGUAUCAGACUGAGAAGGCUGGAACACAUCCGGCCGAUGGGUAUCCGUGCCAUGUUGCGUUGUGCAGUGGCUCUCCAAUUUCCUAA